AUGGGGACUGUGACUCUGGCGUUGUCCCUGCUGGCUGUGGCUCUCCUGUGCCCGGUCACUGCCACCCUGCGUGUCGGUGCCUUCAACAUCCAGGCCUUCGGUGACACCAAGAUGUCCAACAAGGAGGUGGCAGAGAUCAUCAUCAACAUCCUGCGCCGCUACGACGUGGUGUUGGUGCAGGAGGUGCGCGACUCCGACCUCAGCGCCGUCACCGAGCUCAUGGAGCAGCUCAACAGUGUGUCCAAGUCCCCAUACGACUACGAGAUCAGUGGCCCCCUGGGACGUGAGAACUACAAGGAGAUGUAUCUCUUCAUCUACAGGACAGACGUCGUGUCUGUGGUGGACACCUACCAGUACAAGGACCCCCAGGAUGUCUUCAGCCGGGAGCCGUUCAUCCUGAGGGUCUCAGCGCCCCGCACCAAGGUGGAGGAGUUUGUGCUGGUGCCCCUGCACUCCGCCCCACACGAUGCCGUCGCCGAGAUCGACGCGCUCUACGACGUCUACCUGGACAUCAUCAACAAGUGGGGGACUGACAACAUCAUGUUCCUGGGUGACUUCAACGCCGACUGUGCCUACGUCCAGCCCAGCGACUGGUCAACCAUCCGCCUGCGCACCAGCGACAUCUUCAAGUGGCUGAUCCCCGACAGCACCGACACCACCGUGGGCAAGUCAGACUGUGCCUACGACAGGAUUGUGGUGUGUGGGGCCCAGCUGAAGAGAAGCAUCGUGUCCAAUUCGGCUGCUGUCUACAACUUCCAGCGUGCUUUCCAGCUGGACCAGGAGGAGGCCCUGGCAGUCAGCGACCACUACCCGGUCGAGGUGAAGCUCACGGUGUGA